AUGCCGGCCGUACAUCACAAACUGCUCCUGGAGGACGCCUUGCACGACAGCCCGCAGACCCGCUCUCUGCUCAGUGUCUUUGAAGAAGAUGCUCUGAAUCUGACAGAUUACACCAACAAACUGCUGCAGACCAUGCAGCGAGUGUUCGGAGCUCAGAGUGAGAUGGGAUUGGCCACGGAGCAGCUCUCUCAGCAGCUUCUGGACUACGAGAAAAAGAACUUUGCCCUCGGAAAAGGCGACGAGGAGGUGAUCACGACGCUGCAGAGCUUUGCCAAGACUGUCGGAGAGUUGAACUCGCUCCACUCCGAGUUGGCGAACCAGAUGGCCGACAAUAUGGUGUUCCCCCUGAUUCAGUUUCGGGAGAAGGAUCUCACAGAGAUCAGUACUCUGAAGGAAAUCUACGGCAUUGCCACAGACGAGCACGAGGCGUCAAUGGUGAAGUACAGUCGUCUGCCAAAGAAGAGAGAGAACGAGAAGGGGCAGACCAGCAUAUCUUAA